UCGUAAUUUCUUCAUAAUAACCAAUCUUGACUAGUAAGAUAUAAAGUUCAGUGUUAUAUACAAUUUUACUUUAUCAACUUAAUAUUUCGAUAAGAUAUCAAAAUAAUUCUAAUUAACUCUGUUGAUAGCCGUAUGCUCGGUCAUUUGGUGUCCGGCACCAACGAAGUACGUUACUCAUUGUUCAAUGAUGCAGAGGUAAUAUAGUGAAUUAAUAGUAAUAAACAAUAACAACAAAAAUGAAGCUCCUAUUAGUGAUUUUGUCUUUGACGUGUUUGUGCUGGGAAACAUCUGCAAGUUGUAAAAUGAGAGGGGAAUGUUACGAAGUUGAUGGUUUUGCUAAACCAUGUCCCGUGGACUACGAGGCACCUCCACUUAUAGAAGAUACGGAUCCCGCCGAAGUUGAUGAAAUCAUGGAAAUUAUCAGAAACAGGUGCCCCUCCUUAACGGUUGACGAAGAAGGAAACGAUUUGCCAGAUGACCAGAUACGGGUUUGUUGCGAUGCUGAGCAAAUUCGAAAAAUGUCAGAAAGCUUGAUGUUGUCUGACGGAGUUCUCGGCAGGUGUCCAGUGUGCAACAGGAAUUUUAUGCGACAAAUUUGCGAAAUGAAUUGUAGCCCUGAACAAUCUCGUUUUGUGGAUGUGCACAUAGAAACUGGAUUCAAUAACACGCUUUACGUAAACGAAAUAGAUUACAGAAUGCACGAGGAUUUCAUGUUGAGAGCGCAUGCAUCUUGUGCUGGAGUAAUUGUACCUCAGACUGGUAUGCCAGCCAUUAAUUUAAUGUGUGGAAACGCCGAUGUGUGCGAUGCUGAAGCUUGGUUUGGAUUCACUGGAGAUACCUCGAUGAAUCCCUUGGCACCAGUGCAAGUAAACUUCUUGAAAUGGCCUACAGUAGAAGACUCAAUGAAUGUCCCAGCACCAUUGUGUAAUGAAACCUCGGAAGGAGAUUUCCCAUGCAGUUGUUUAGAUUGCGUCACCCUUUGUCCUGUUGGAAAUGAACCAGUUGUUUUUGAACCGUGUACCGUAUUUGACAGUAUUCAUUGCAUUAGCUUUUCAGUAGGUUUAGGUUUCUUUGUGUUGAUGGUCACAAUUUUUACAAUAUUAACACUAAUAGAAUAUAAGAGAUCGAGAAAUGAACAAACUAAAGCAAAGCCUCCUAUUGACAAUUGUGCAGUUAGAAUGUUUCAAUCAAUAUUUUCUAAAAUUGGUGAAAUAUCUGCUGGUCAUCCUGUUAUUAUGUUAAUGUUAACUUCGUGGAUUGUGUUUGCUAUGUUUUUUGGUGUUACAAGACUUAAUAUUACAUCUAAUCCUAUCGAACUGUGGUCUGCGCCAGGAUCACGGAGUCGUCAGGAAUUAGAAUAUUUCAACACAAGGUUUGGACCAUUCUAUAGGACUUCUCAAGUUUUUUUAACGAUAAAUUUAGACCCUUUUGAAUUUGAAAAUACUACUUUUGGGUCGGCGUUUAGAUUAGAAGCAAUUCAGGAAUUGAUAAAAUUGGAAGAUGCUAUUAUCAAUAUUGGCAGAAACGAAAAUGGCGUUACUUUAGAGCAAAUAUGCUAUGCGCCUCUUCGUCUUCCCGGCGAAGAACAAAAAUUAGAGCAAUGUGUUAUUAUGUCCGUUUCUACCUAUUUUCAAAAUAAUAGACACAAUAUCAAUAAUGCAACAUAUCUGCAAACUAUACAGAACUGUUUAAAUAAUCAUUUAGCCCUAAAUUGUAUGGCCUCAUGGGGAGGAGGUUCUGAAGCCCAGCUUACAUUCGGUGGGUUUGAAGGGGAUAAUGUAUUAAAUGCCAAUACUUUAUUGAUAAACAUGCCAAUUAACAAUUUCCUGUCUCCUGAUCAACUAGAACCAGCUUUAGAAUGGGAAGCAAAAUUUAUAGAAUUGUUACAUUAUUAUGAAGCUAAUAACAAAUCGGACUUCAUCGAAGUUGCUUUCGCAUCUGAACGAUCAAUAGAAGAUGAAAUUAUCCGAGUCUCUGAAGCAGAAGCGGUUCCUAUAGCAAUCAGUUACAUUUUGAUGUUUGUAUACGUCACUGCAUCUUUAGGUAACAUAAGGUCUUGCCGAACAUGGCUAGUUGAUAGUAAAAUAUUAGUGGCAAUAGGCAGUAUUUUGGUUGAAAUUGCUGCUAUAUUUUGUGCCAUUGGUGUGAUGGGAUAUGCUCAAAUCACGCUGACUCUACUAGCCAUUAAUGUGAUACCAUUUUUUGUUCUUGCUGUUGGUAUCGAUAAUGUAUUUCUCAUGAUCAACACGGUUUAUGAUAUUGAUAGCAAUUUAAAGCAAUUCGAAGAUUACAAUGAAAAUUUUAGUUUUGAAAAGAAAAGGCGAUUCGUUUUUUCUAAGAUGAUGGGAAGAGUAGGUCCGUCUAUGUUUGUGUCGUCUGUGACUCAGGUGACAUGCUUUGCAAUAGGUAGUUUAGCUAAUUUUCCAGCGGUCGUAACAUUUUCUAUUUUCGCAAGUAUAUCUCUCGGGUUUUUGUUCGUUUUCCAGAUAACAACUGUAAAUGCAAUUAUGUCUCUCGAUUAUAUGAGAGCUUCACAAAAACGCUUAGAUGUUGUAUUUUGCGUCCAGAAAAAGAUACUGGAUGACACCGAUCCACUUCAUUCUGAAACACCACGUAAAGGUAUUACAACACGGCUAAUGGAGCCCUACUCAAAUUUUUUAUUAAAUUGGCGUACGAAAAUUAUAGUCGUAAUAAUAUUUUUCGCUAUUACAUCGAUAAGUGUGAUGUUAAUCCCUCAAUUAGAAAUAGGUUUAGAUCAGGAAAUGGCACUACCAACUGACUCUUAUGUAUAUAGAUACUUGCAAGCGGUCAACCAACUCAUGCAUAUGGGGCCCCCAGUGUAUUUUGUUUUGAAGUCUGGUUUAAAUUUUACAAAUGUGGAACAUCAAAAUGUGAUAUGUGGAGGUAGGUUAUGCAACGACACGUCUCUGGCUAUACAAAUUUUUCUGGCUGCUCAACAUAGCGAUAUUACUUACAUGGAAAGGCCUUCCAAUUCGUGGCUAGACGACUUCAUUGACUGGACUAGUUUACCUGGUUCUUGUUGCAAAUACAAUACCACCGAUGGCAGCUUCUGUCCUAGUGCCAGCAUAGCGCACGAAUGUGCAUUUUGUAGUAUAGAAAGGGAUAGUUGGGCAGACGGCAUGCGACCCUCUGAUGAAGCAUUCGAAAAGUAUAUACCGUUUUUCCUUAGAGAUACUCCGACUGAAAUGUGCAACAGAGGCGGCUUAGCGAGUUACUUUAACAGCGUGAACUACGUUCUUGACGAUGAAGGGCGGGCGACAGUCCACGAUACAAAUUUCAUGGCAUAUCAUAGCUCGUUAGCUACUUCCAAAGAUUAUAUUACUGCUAUCAAGUAUGGCUACGAAGUAGCUGAUAAUAUUACGGCAACCAUUCGAGCGAUCACCGAUACAGACGUAGAAGUAUUUCCCUAUUCCGUGUUUUAUGUGUUCUAUGAACAAUAUUUAACGAUGUGGGCAGAUACUUUCAAAUCAAUUGGUUACUGUCUGAUCGGUGCUUUGGUAUUCAAUUUGUUAGCGUCUGGGUUCAAUUUUUUGACAACGUUCGCUGUCAUGUUUACAACUAUCAUGAUAGUUAUGAAUAUGAUGGGUGUUAUGUAUAUUUGGAAUAUUCCCCUUAACGCCGUCUCUUGUGUAAAUUUAAUAGUAUCUAUUGGUAUCGGUGUAGAAUUUUGCAGUCAUUUAGCGUACGCGUCUGCUACUAGUCGAGAGCCGCCUAACGAAAGAGUAAAGGAUGCUUUGAAAAAAAUCGGAUCGACCAUUAUAACUGGCAUUACUUUCACUAAUAUCCCUAUUAUAGUGCUGGCCUUUUCGUAUACACAAAUAAUAGAGGUCUUCUUUUUCAGGAUGUUCUUUAGUUUAGUAAUAUUGGGCUUUUUACACGGAAUGAUAUUCUUCCCAGUUUUCUUGAGCUAUUUAAAUUACUUGUUCUUGAAGUAAAUGUUAAAUAUAUAAAGUACAAUUUAGUUGACAGAUCUUAUAUAGAGCGAUAUUGUUUGUGUGAAUGAAUGUGUGCUUUUAAGUUUGUUAUCAGUUGUUGUCGUCAAUAGUUUUGUAAAAAUUUUAAAUAUAUUUAAAACAUGCUUAAUUUUAAUGGCUUUUAGUUAUAAGCUUUUUGUAUAUUGCAUGACAUUGUUAAUAAUCGUUAAUAAACAUUUCUAUAAAAAAAUUGUAUUGCUUUUUUUAAAAGUUUACCUCUUAUCAUUGCGAUAAUAAUAAUUAAAUUUUAAUCUACUCAUAUAAUAUGCUUUGGGCCGUAUUAAAAACUCAAGUGAUAUUUGGCAUAAUUUUAUAUUUACAAUAAAAGGAAGACAUAAUGAAUACAUAUAAAACAAACUUCUAGUCAUAUGUAUAAUUUUUGACCAUCCAUAGAACGCGAGCUAGUGCUCUAAUAUAUUAUUUUUAUUAAUUAAAAUGUCAAUUUUUUCUUUUUGAGGAUAGGUUUAUAAAGUAAUAUUAUUAA